AUGACUACUAUCACCCCAGAAGUCUUUUGGGCGCAACGCUCAUCCGCCGACGAACCGGCUAAGAAUAUAAUCCAUCUUACCAUCGUUGCCCCCGACCUAUCGAACGACGACCUGAAGCUCGAACUCAAGGACCAAUCUCUCAGCUUCAAGGGUACCUCUACUUCCAAGAAGGCCACAUACGCAGUCGACCUUGAAUUCUACGCCGAGAUCGACACUGAAAACUGCAAAUGGCAUAACAACGGCCGUGGCAUUGAGCUACUACUAAGGAAGAAAGAGCACAAGCAGGAGUACUGGCCCCGUCUGCUCAAGGAGUCGAAGAGGCAGCACUUCCUCAAGACCGAUUUCGACAAGUGGGUCGAUGAGGACGAGCAAGACGAAGUCGCAGAUGACCUUGACACGUCCGCAAUGAACCCCAUGGGUGGUGGUGACGGAGGCUUUGGUGGCAUCGACUUCAGCAAGCUUGGCGCAGGCGGCAUGGGUGGAAUGCCUGGAAUGGAGGGCAUGGACAUGAGCCAAAUGAUGGCAAACAUGGGUGGUGGUGCCCCCGGCGGCGACGACAGCGACGACGAUGACGACAUGCCUGAGCUCGAAAAUGACGAGGACAACAAGGAGAAGGCGCCCGCAGCCGCCGCGUCAGGCGACAAGCCCAAGAUUGAGGAGGUCGCAUAA